AUGAACGGCUGCCAAACCGGACAUGUUGCUGCCCAAGCUGGCGGGAGGCUCCCCAGCCAUCCCGUCUCGAUCCGCCCAUCCAAGUCCGAGCUCGAACGCUCGCAGUUGUCCCCUCAGAACCUAGAGGUUGCAAUGCGCAGCCUCCAUCGGGACGGAUUGGUGGUGAUCGAAGAUCUGAUCCGACAUGAUGUCCUCGACCGACUGAACGAGAAGAUGGUCCAGGAUGCCUUCAUCCUGCAGGCGAGGAAGGAGGACAGUCCGUACAAUUACAACCGGGGGAACAUCCAGCAGGAUCCUCCGCCUGUGAAGGAGUACUUUGACACGAGCAUCUUCCUAAACCCCAUUGUCACGCAGGUUACUUCGACCAUGCUAGGUCCACGACCCAAGUGGACCUUUUGCUCAGGAAACACGGCGAUGCCACCCACGGAAGAGACGCCGCCUACGUCGCAACCGGUCCAUUCUGACGCCGACUUUGACCACCCGACACACCCGUUCGCUCUCGUGGUGAAUGUCCCUCUCAUCACGAUGACGCCGGAGAAUGGCUCCACGGAGCUGUGGCUAGGAACCCAUAUUGACAGUGGACCCCACGUGCAGGACGGGCUGCACGGCGAGCGAGCCAGCGGACGGAUCAAGCCUGCUGAGCUGGAGAAACGGCGAGCGAUUCGUCCGCCAUGCCAGCCGGUUGUGCCGAAGGGAUCAGUGGUGAUCAGAGAUCUGAGACUGUGGCACGCAGGGAUGGGAAAUCGCAGCAACGAAGUGCGGGUCAUGUUAGCCAUGAGUGAGCAAUCCAGCCGUCUAUAA